AUGUUGAGAAUGUGCGAAUCACACCAGCACAAUUUCAAAAGCCUAAGGGAAUGUGAACAGUGGGCGAGAAAGAAACGCGAUAUGAGAAUAACAGUUCUACUUGCAUUAGAGAAGAACACUAAGGGUUGGACUCCGUAUUACAAAAAAAAGAGCAUACAUGGUGUGUUGUCAACCAUGCAAGAGAAGUACCCUGUAGUUGCUGCAUUGACCACAGAAAGUGUGAGAAAAACCGACUACGAAUCCUGUGUUGGGUUCAAGGAGUCCAUGGAGAAUUUAAGUAUCACUAUAAAGAAACACCAAGAAAUGGUAGAUAAUGCUGUAGCUGAUACCCUGUUGCCUUCAAGAAGUGUGAAAUCAGGUAACAACCUUAAUGCAUACAUUUUACCUAGACCUAGUGUUUGUUGGGCCAGUUUGGGGUUUUUAAAAGUAUAGUUUAUAAAAGACCACAUGUGUAAAAAAGUUUUCCAAUAUUAAAAAUUGUUGUCAAGCUUGAACACCAAACACUUUUCAGUAGAGGAGUGGAGUAAAAUCAUGUGCAAAGUCAAUUUGAUAUUUCUUGGAAGGCGUAUUGGGUCAUUCUAGAAAACAUCCAUACCACCCCCACAGAGAAAUAGGAAGUUAACCCCCCUACCCCCUUCGGAUGUCCUAGUACAUUUACUAUUAUCAGAGGCAAUUUUCUCUCCCCUCCCCCUCCGGACAGCAGAAAUUUACUCUGUGGGGGGAGUAUGGAUCUUUUCUGGAACGACCCAUUACAGAUAUAUAAAACAAGCAGGAAUCAAAACGGUUGUCAUGUAGCAAUACUUAAAAUAGAUUUGUCUUAUUUUCACAGGGAAAUCAGAAGUCUAUGACUUUUACCAGCCUUUGAAGAAGACCAUUUUAGAGGUGGCGUCACAGAUUAAUGCUCAAUAUGCACAUGUGGAAAAGUUAGUUGAGACGUGCGAAGGAAGAA